AUGACUACCAAAACCCCCGUCCUCACCGACAAAGCCCCCAAACCUCUACCAGGCAUCUACUCACAAGCCAUCAUCGCCAAUGGCGUCGUCUACUGCUCCGGCGCGGUCGGCAUGGACCCCGUGACCGGCGCGCUUGUUGAGGGUGACGUGAAAGCGCGCACCCACCAAUGCAUUAAAAACCUCACAGCCGUGCUGCAAGGCGCCGGCACGAGCAUCGACAAGGUCGUCAAGGUCAAUGUGUUCCUGGACGACAUGGCCAAUUUUGCAGAGAUGAAUUCGGUGUAUACGCAGUACUGGGGAGAUGUUAAGCCGUGUCGGACAUGUGUCGCCGUCAAGCAGCUGCCGCUCGGCACGGACGUUGAGAUUGAAUGCACUGCUGUGCUAUGA